GACGACUCGGAACGCCAUGGCGGACACCAAGAAAAAAACUCCCGAAACGGAGAAGAAAAAAGACGAGAAGAAAGAGACGAAAGACAAGAAGGAGAAGGAAGAGAAGGAGCCAGAACUGUCUGAAGAUGACAAACUGCUACAGGAGGAGCUGACUAUGCUGGUGGAGAGGCUGGCGGAGAGUAACACCAAGCUGUACAAGCCUGCCCUGGAGUCCCUGAGGAAGAUGAUUCGUGAAUCCACCAGCUCCAUGACAUCAGUCCCCAAACCUCUCAAGUUCCUCCGUCCUCACUACAACACUCUCAAGACUGUGUACGACAAGAUGCAGGGGGAAACAAGCGUUUCUGUGCAGAUAUUGUGUCUGUGCUUGCGAUGGUGAACAGUGACCAGAGAGAAUGUCUGAAGUUCCGCAUGCUAGGAUCUAAGGAAGAGCUGGGGUCAUGGGGACACGAAUAUGUCAAACACCUUGCCUCAGAGAUCGCUACAGAGUGGCAGGAGGUUGGAGAGGAUGACACGUCUCGCAGGGAUCAGCUGAUCACGCUGGCGAAGGAGAUCGUCCCAUACAACAUGCAGCACAACGCCGAGGCCGACGCCUGUGAUCUGCUCAUGGAGAUAGAACGUCUGGACCUGCUGGAGAACUAUGUGGACGAGAGCAUGUACCAACGGGUCUGCCUGUAUCUCACAAGAUGUGUGGAGUACGUACCAGAGCCAGAAGACGCCGUGUUGUUGAGAACUGCCCUCAACAUUUUCCGCAAGUUUAACCGCUACCCUGAGGCCCUGCGCUGCGCUGUGAAACUCAACGACACAGAACUCGUGAAAGACAUCUUCACAACAUGUAAAAGAGGGUUGGUACAGAAACAGAUGGCGUUCAUGUUGGGCAGACAGCAGGUGUAUGUAGAGUUACCAGAAGAGCUGGAGGAUUAUGAUGAUCUGAUGGAGAUCAUGUCCAACGUUCACCUAAACAAUAACUUCCUGGCUCUGGCUAGAGAGUUGGACAUCAUGGAGCCCAAAGUUCCAGAAGACAUCUACAAAUCUCAUCUGGAGUCGACCAGACCAGGUUUUGGAGCGAGCGGUGCCCAGGUGGACUCAGCGAGACAGAACCUAGCCUCCUCGUUCGUUAACGGGUUUGUUAACGCGGGGUUCGGUCAGGACAAACUCCUGAUGGAGGAUGGGAACAAAUGGCUGUACAAGAACAAAGAACAUGGUAUGAUGAGUGCGACAGCGUCCCUGGGUCUGAUCCUACUGUGGGAUGUGGAUGGAGGACUGACACAGAUAGACAAGUACCUCUACUCUUCAGAGGACUAUAUCAAGUCCGGUGCCCUGCUAGCCUGUGGUAUAGUGAACUCAGGAGUACGUAAUGAGUGUGACCCUGCCUUGGCCCUGCUGUCUGACUACAUCCUACACAACAGUAACACCAUGAGGACUGGGGCCAUUCUGGGACUUGGUCUAGCCUAUGCCGGGUCCAACCGUGAUGAUGUUCUACAGCUUCUACUGCCUGCCAUGGGAGAUUCCAAGUCCAACAUGGAGGUAGCAGGAAUCACUGCCCUGGCCUGUGGCAUGAUUGCCUGUGGCUCCGGGAAUGGAGAGGUGACGUCUGUGAUCAUGCAGACACUACUGGAGAAGUCUGCGCUGGAACUGAAGGAAACGUACGGCAGGUUCCUGUCCCUCGGACUGGGUCUGCUCUACCUAGGCCGACAAGAGGCAGUGGAAGUUAUCCUGGCAUCCCUGGAGGUCCUGUCUGAACCCACCAAGAGCUUUGCCAAAACUCUCAUCGACGUCUGUGCUUAUGCAGGUACAGGCAAUGUCUUAAAGAUCCAGCAGCUCCUUCACAUCUGCAGCGAGCAUUACGAGGCCAGUAAGGAUGACGACAAGAAAGACGAGAAGGACAAGAAAGACAAGGACAAGGACAAAGAUAAGGAGAAGGCUAAGGAGAAGGAGGACCUGUCUACUCACCAGGCCAUCGCAGUUCUGGGCAUCGCGCUGAUCGCUAUGGGCGAGGAGAUAGGAGCUGACAUGUCACUACGGGCAUUCGGACAUCUGUUGCGUUACGGAGAGCCUGUGAUCAAGCGAGCCGUUCCCCUGGCCCUGGCUCUCAUCUCUGUCUCCAACCCCAAACUCAGCAUACUGGAGACCCUCAGCAAGUUUUCACAUGACUCUGACCCGGAGGUCGCUCACAACUCCAUCUUUGCCAUGGGCAUCGUGGGCAGCGGGACCAACAACGCUCGUUUGGCUGCCAUGCUGCGACAGUUGGCACAAUUCCACGCCAAGGACUCACUCAACCUCUUCAUGGUCAGACUGGCUCAGGGUUUGACCCACAUGGGGAAGGGCACAAUGACCUUGAAUGCGUACCACAGUGACCGUUACCUCCUGAGCCACGUGGCACUGUCAGGUCUGCUCGCUGUGCUGGUGUCAUUCCUGGACGUCAAAAACAUUAUCCUAGGGAAGUCCCACUACCUUCUGUACUGCCUGGUGACGGCCAUGCAGCCCCGGAUGUUGGUCACUUUUGAUGAGGAGAUGAGACCGCUGCCUGUGGCUGUUAGAGUGGGACAGGCUGUAGAUGUAGUUGGCCAGGCAGGCAAACCUAAGACGAUCACAGGGUUCCAGACCCACACCACCCCGGUACUACUGGCUUAUGGAGAGAGGGCAGAACUCGCUACAGAAGAAUACUUGACCCUGACACCAGUGAUGGAAGGAUUCGUCAUUCUGCGGAAGAAUCCAGACUACGAAGCUUAAAGACGUUGCCUACAUCUUAAUAAUUGUCUUAGACAUUAGGUCUGUAUUUUUGGAAGGAAUUCUUGCUUUGGGACAAAACUGAACUCUUAUAAUUGCAGAUGGCUGGGUUAAGUUUAACCCUUUCACUACUAACGGUGCACCCAUGCACCAAAUGUGUAUCAAUCACAUCACAGAUUAGCAGAAAAGGGUUAAACCAACAGACUGUCUACUUCUAGAAUCAUCUAUAUAGUAUAUGACAAAUUUAGUUUCGAUUACUACAGAUGUGAUGUUGUUUUUUUUUGUCCUCCACAGACUUGUAUACAUUUGUACCUGCAUUCUUAUCGUUUACCAUGUAUCUAGGUAAGCAGAAUUAAGUCAAAUAAGCAUGCAGGUAAAACAGUAAUGAAAUAAAAAUGGUAUUGUCCUA